GCAGCAUCUGAAUAAUCUCGCUGUGAAUUUCCGGCAGUAAUCGAUUGAAAAUUUAAUGGAAUCGGAAGUCGGGGCGGCGGAAAUAGACCGCCUGGAAAGGGGUUUGUUGCUGGACGGCGGCGGCGGCAGCUCAGAUUCCGGCCCGGCCCGUAUGAAAAACGAAGAAGAAGAAGAGGACGCUGUUGUAUUUACGGCGUCGUUUUGUGAAGCGGAAGAGAGUUUCUUAAAAUACCAGACGGCGAGGUGGAUUUUGUACUCUCUGGUUUUGAUAGUGGCGUGGGGGAUCGGCUUAUUCAUGCUCAUUUAUUUGCCCGUUCGGAGGUAUAUUCUCCGCAAAGACAUCCGCUCCCGAUUACUCUAUCUCACCCCAAACGCCAUUGUUUACAAAGUAAGAAGGCCGGUGCCAUUUCCGUGUUUCGGUGUUCUCAAGAAAGAGAAGCACAUCUUGCUGCCGUCAGUGGCUGAUGUUGUAAUCGAACAAGGAUACUUGCAGUCCUUUUUCGGAGUCUACUCUGUUAGAAUAGAGAACGUUGGAGUUAGAAGGCCUCCGAGCGACGAUUUUCGAAUACAAGGCAUUGCUAAUCCUCAUGCUUUCAGGAAGGCUGUUCUUGUUCGUCUAUCCACCAUUCGAGACGAGGCAUUUUCUGGACGAGUGGAAGAUAUUCCUACCCCGAGUGCCGGCCAUUCUUCAGUUGCUUUCAUGUCUCCUUCAAAAUCAGUGAGGCGGGAUACUGUUUCCCAACUCGAUGAGGUGGUGAUUUUGCGAAAGCUAGAGGAGGUUGGCAGUUCGGUGAAGAGAGUUCAAACUUUGUUUGAAGAGCAAAACCUCAAAGUACCGGAACUACUUCUAGAGUGAUGUCAACUUCUUGCACGUAACAAACGAAUUACGUGUGAUGCUAAUACUCGGAAUUCAGCUACCAUCUUUCGGAUGACUUUGUAAGUUACACUAUAAUCCCUCGAGGUUGACUUGUCGUAUUUCUGUAAAUAAUUUGAAUUUCUACGCUUGAGAUAUUUCGUGCAGUGCAAAUUAAAAGGCUGUUUGGAGUUUGGUGCAAUAAGCUGGCAAAAUGUUACCCCCUAUUUAAUGUGUGAUCACAUGGUCAUAAAAGUAUACGAUUUCAGUGAUUAUAUUUAUUAGCCUUUAUUUUUUUA